CAUACAUCAAUCCCAUAAAUAAAGAUCCUUCAUAUAUAUAUAUAUAUUUUCUAGGAAUCUAAUUCCUUAACUAUUUUCUUUUCCAUCCUCUUUCCUUUUUCCCGGAAAAUCGGAAUUUAAAUGGUGAGAGGAAAAGUAGAAAUGAAAAGAAUAGAAAAUUCAACGAGCAGGCAAGUGACGUUUUCGAAAAGACGAAAUGGACUUACGAAGAAAGCUUAUGAAUUAUCAGUUCUUUGUGAUGCUGAAGUUGCUUUCAUUAUUUUCUCACAUAAAGGAAGACUUUAUGAAUUUGCUAGCUCCAACAUGCAGAAGAUAAUUGAGAGAUACCGAGGACGUGCAAGAGAAACAACGACGGUGGACAAAAGCACUGAACUCGAGCACUACAUGGAGAACUUGAAGCAUGAAACAGCUAAUAUGGCGAAGAAGAUAGAGAUCCUCGAAAUUUCUAAACGGAAGCUAAUGGGGCAAGGAUUAGGGUCAUGUUCAAUGGAUGAACUAGAAGACAUUGACAGCCAACUGGAGAGGACCCUCAAAAUUAUCAGGGCUAGAAAGACUCAAUUGUUCAAAGAGGAAAUAGAAAGUCUAAAAGCAAAGGAGAGACUAUUGCUCCAACAAAAUGCAAGUUUACGUGAAAAGUGCGGGCUUAGGCCAAUGCUAUCAGAGUCAGCAUCUGCACCCGAACCCAUACCAGCACCACCAUCAACACCACCAGCUCAAUCAAAAGAAAGGGGAAAUUGUAGCCAAAGUACAAAGAGUUGGGAAGUGGAGACUGAAUUGUUUAUUGGCCUUCCUCAAACGCGCUGCUUAUAGUAGCUUGGAUCAGUGGUUGAGCUAGGGUUUUUUUUGGUCAAAGGAAUUUAAACCUCGAAGAAGUACACAGAGAAGGCAAAAUGGGUUCAAUCUCUACUCUAUAUUACACUAAAUUAAAAGAUAAAUUUUAACUAUAUAUGUUAUAAUAUUAUUUUUCGCUGUAGGAAAAUCAGUUAAACACCCCAUCAAUCCUACGUGGCUCCGCCCCGACCGGGACAAUGGGACCAUUUGUUCAUAUUUUGUUUAUGGUUCUCCUCAGUUAUUUAGACUAAGAGGUUAGGAUUUCUCAGUUAUUUACAACCAUAAGGAGUUGCAAAAUUCAAUAAAUAAUACCUUACAAUAAGAGUGUAAUAUUUGCCCC